GCGUCGCCUUGAUCUCUGAAGACCUCAUCGUUCACCGUUUCACUGAGGAUCAUAUCAUCUGGAAAGGGAUCAUGGCCUACCAGUUCAAACUGGCUGAAAAACUGGUCAUACUCAAUGACCGGGGUCAAGGAGUGCUGAUCAGGAUGAACCACAUUAAAAAGGUAUGCACAGACCCAAAGCGAAGACCAUCAUACUUUACUGACAAAAGCAUGGAAUCUGCCAUAAAAUACAUCAACAGAAAAUUUCCCAACUUUGACAUCAGGGGUGGCAGUCAACAUCUGAGUAACAUACAGAAGCAGAAGUCAGCCGUAUUGGAGGGCCUGCACAGUUAUUACGAGUCCUUCAUAGAUGUCAUGGAGUUCAGGGACCAUGUUUAUGAGUUGCUCAACACAAUAGAUGCCAGCCAGUGCUACUUUAACAUAGCUGUAAAUUUUGACUUCACCAAGAACUACCUGGAUCUUAUCGUCACCCACGCCUCAGUCAUUUAUAUGUUGUCUCGCAUCGAUGACAAGAAGGCAAUUGUCGGAAUGUAUAACUGUGCAUAUGAGUUCUCAAAUGGAAACAGCCAGAUGGCAGAGCUCCUCUACUACAUGGAAAAGCUGCGCACUCUAUUGGCUCAACACAGAUAUGUUAUACAACGCUACCAUCUUCAGUACUUGUCACAGUAUGAUGCUCUAGCGCUGAAUGACACCGUGCAGGGAAUGUACGUCUGUCCGGAGGAAGAAUCAGUUCUUAUGUCAUCAUUUGUCUCAACUCUGUCUGCAAUGAGUCUCAAGCACUUGGAUGCAGGAGAAGAGUUUGACCUGAAACCAUUCAGACUGGACUGGUUAAGACUGCAGGCUUACACCAGCAUUAGUAAAGCUCCUCUGGCACUCAAGGACUACCCUGAGCUUGCCAAGGUCAUGAACAUGGCCCAGUUUCACACUAGGAUGAUGGACAAUGUGAAUGAACUCCUCUGUGAGACGGCUGAUCUCUCUAUCCUCUGUUUCCACGCACGUGUGUUUGAGAAGCUGUUCUCUCAGAGCAGUGAGGAUGUGUCCAUGCAGCGCUACCUCACGGCUUUCCCGGUCAUCUGUUCACACUUCAGUCAGUGUCUCCAUCCUCUCUGUCCAGAAGAGACUGAAGAUAUAAAGAAUCAAAGCUUGAAGCUGUGUGUGACCUUUCUGGAGGAGAUUUCCCGUCAGACGUGUACGGUUGUGCUGGAGAUAUGUGCUGAACAGUGUAACCUACAUGAGAAGUUAUUGCCCAAACACAGUGCUGAGACCAUCAGUACAGCACGCAAUAAAAAACUGAAGAAGUCGUUACCAAAGAAAGGAGACGUGCCUAAAGAGAAACCAGGGACGGAAAGCCUCAGGAAGGACAGAGUCAUCGUCACAAAUCUGGAUAAGAUGCACCAGGCACUGACAGAACUGUGCGCUUCCUACAGUAUCUGUGCUGAUUUCACCGUGUUCAAACACAUCAUUGUACCUGCUGAAUUCCUGCUUGCACAGCUGGAGAUCAGACUCAACAAGGUUAUUGUGCAGAUGGCCAAUUAUAAACAGAGAACUCACGAAAUCGCCCGACCCUCUGACCUGCUGGCUGGGAUUCAGGCAUAUGUUACAAGUCUGCACAGCCUCAGCUGCUACAUCAACAUUGAUGUCACAAGACUGGUAAAGAGCGUCUUGUUGCAGCAGAUGCAACCGCUGGACUCAUAUGGAGCACAGACCAUCACAACACUCUAUACAAAUUGGUUUCUGGAGGGUCUCUUGCGUCAGGCCAGCCGUGCUCUCAUAGUCCACUGUCCUACCACACAGUGUUUUGUUAACCAGAAUACUGAGAAUGAGCAGAGCUUUCAUGCUGAGGAAUACUCUGACAUUUGUGGUUUGCGAUCGUUGGCUGAACUGAUUGGCCCUUUUGGACUGAAGUUUUUAAAUGAGAACCUCAUGUGGCACAUCAUAUCCCAAGUUGGAGAACUGAAGAAACUAGUAAGUGACAACAUGGAUGCCCUGGUGCAAAUGAGAGCUAACUAUGAGAAUCCUGAAGCAAUGAGUGACCUUCAAAAGAAACUGACAGGCAGUGAGAAUGUUUUGAAGAGAAUGACCAUUGUUGGUGUGAUUCUGUCAUUUAGCUCCAUGAUCCAAGAUGCUCUCGAGGAGAUCAUGGACAGACACUGCCCGUUUCUAAUGAGACCCAUCAAAUGUCUAAAGGACUUCAUCUACCCUGACGGUGACAUCAAGGUGACACUCGGUGUGUAUGAAAUGGCUUCGGCAGCUGGUUUGCCAUGUGAGAUCGACCCUGCGCUGGUUUCAGCCAUAGCAAACAUGCAGACAGACAACUCAUCCAUUGAGGAGGAGUUCAAAAUCACCUGCCUGCUGCUUGUUUUUAUAGCCGUGUCUUUACCCACCCUGUGCCUGGAUCCAAACUCAUUCUACAGCCGAGAACAUGGAGGUCACCAAAACAACAUUCAUUGCUUGGCAACUGCAGUUAACCAUCUUGCUGCAGCUAUGUUCACUGUCCAGAGAAAAAAUAUCCAGACUCAGCUUCAAGAAUUCCUGAAGGUGGCAUCAUCUAUCUUACUGCAGUUAGGUCAGAAUGUGGAGCGAGUGGAAAUAAAGAACAGAGAUUCAGUUUAUCUCCUUCUACACAUGAUAGUGGAGCAGUCACCGUUCUUGAGUCAAGACAUGCUGGAAAUGUGUUUUCCAUAUGUACUCCUAAGAAACGCUUACAGAGAGGUGCACAAGACCUUCAUCCACACUAUGGGCUAAACUUAUGAGGAUGUGAAAUCAUGAUUUUGUUUUUAUUUAUCAUAGUUAAAGAAUUUAAAAUGAUAUUCAGCUGGUUUAAUUUUUAUUGUGGAUACCUGUCUUUAAAUAGAUUCCAGUGGACUCUGGUGAAACUGGGGGGAAAAUAACAAUAUAUAGAAAGGUGUUAGGAGAAUUCAACUGAAUAUAUUAAUCAUUUAACAUUUAACCUAGUUUUCAUGACGAUUAAUAACUGUAUUUCCAAGUAGAUCAUUCUCACAAGCUGAUGCAUUAUACAAAUUCAAUGAUAACCAUAAUUUGUACAUUUUGUUUUAUCUAUUUUAUUGCCUCAGAAUAUAAGCAGAAAACCCUCUAUAAUGCUAAAAUAAUUUCUAGACAAUGACUGUGUUGUACAAUGAGUGUGACUGAGCUGUACAUUGCACAUUUGUAUUUGUUUAAAUGCAUUUAAAUUAAAGCUU